AGGUGCCUCUACAACAAUUCUCACAUUCUGGCCAGAGCUCUCUCUCUCUCUCUCUCUCUCUCUCUCUCAUUUCACGUAUUUAUAAAUUACGAUGAUGGGGCGCUUAUGUAAUGUAAUACACAGUUCGAGGGCCGCGAUUGUAAUGGUAGCAGUUCAAAUGGUAAAUACAGGGUUAAAUAUACUGUAUAAACUGGUGACAGAGGAUGGAUCAGUGAAACUGAGGAUCCUUAUUGCCUACCGUUUUUUGUUUGCCUCUGCCUUCAUGGUUCCUCUUGCUCUCAUCUCUGAAAGGAAAAACAGGACAAAGCUGACUUGGGCAGUACUCUUCCAAUCAUUUCUUUGUGGGCUAUUUGGAGGAGUAUUAGCUCAAAAUUUAUAUGUUGAGAGCUUAGCCUUGACAUCAGCAACAUUUGCUUCAGCCAUGACCAACUUAGUUUCGGUCAUUACCUUCAUUCUGGGUAUCUUGUUCGGGUUGGAGAGGCUGAACCUGGAGAGAAUAGGUGGGAAGGCGAAAGUGUUGGGAACAUUAGUGGGAAUAGGUGGGGCGAUGGUCCUUACUUUCUAUAAAGGUACAGAAAUUGACAUAUGGUCUACUCAUCUUGACCUCUUGCGUCACGACCAACAUCAAAGUGAAGUCCGAAAAUCCCAAAAUCACAUUUUGGGUUGUAUUUUGGCUUUAGGAAGUUGUAUGUCAUCCGCCAUGUGGUUAAUAAUUCAGGCAAAAAUGAGCUUGGCAUAUCAAUGUCACUACACAAGCACGGCUCUAACGUGUGUGAUGGCAGCAAUCCAAGCUGUUGUUUUUGCCCUGUGCAUGGAAUGGGAUUGGAAUCAAUGGAAGUUGGGCUGGAAUAUCAUGCUACUUACAGCUUCUUCUUCGGGUAUCGUAGCUUCCGGGAUUAUGGUGACUUUGAUUGCUUGGUGUGUGCACAUGAAAGGCCCUUUGUUUGUCUCCAGCUUCAACCCUCUACAGCUUGUUUCAGUUGCCAUCAUGGGUUCUUUAGUACUGGAUGAAAAGUUGCACCUUGGAAGGUCUCCUCAGCUCUAUGCAUCAAAUAAACUUGAAAUUCUAUUACCAAUAAUUACUUUCACAAUUGUGAUUCUGUUUUUGAAAAUGGAACAGCAUACUAGGAGCCGUGUUGAUUGUGUGCGGGUUAUACGCAGUGCUGUGGGGUAAAGGCAAAGAGAUGAAGGAGAUUUCUAAACUAGUACCCUCAGAAAGUUCCCAAGGAUCUGAUCAGUAGAUCGAUUUUAUUGUCAAGUCUCCAAAGGAUGUCAGCAUAAGCAGCGGCAGCGGCGACAUCAUGGCCAGUACUAGUCCAGAUAGCCUGUCAGCCUCUAAUGCCCGUAUAGAUGGCAACAUUAACUCAUUGGAAAAGCAUCAUGAAGAAAAAUGAACAAAGUAACACAUAAUAUGAUCUCUUCCUAAAAUAUUACAGACACCCUCAAUUUUCAAUAUGCAACAAUUAUAUUACAGUAUAUCCGAUGUAGAGAGAAAUGAACAAUAAUUCAAAUUAAAGUUUUUAGCAUCAGCUGUAAAUAGCUGAUGCCUGUGUGGAUGGCAUCAUUGCUUCCCAAUAU